AUGGGUGCAGCAGCAAGCAAUGUGGACUGGAGCGAUGAUAAGAAAGAAAACUUGUUGAAAGAACUAAACACUUUCCAGCCCGGGAACUCAGAUAUCACACUCAGAAUUCUUCUGUAUGGACCAGUAGGAGCUGGAAAGUCAAGCUUUAUCAACUCGGUGGAUAGUGCUCUUCAAGGCCGUAUUACAAACAGAGCCCUGACAGAUUCAGACAGUGGAGAAUGUUUCACUCAGCAGACCAAAGCUUAUGAUCUAAAUAGAGAGAAUACACAUUUACCCUUUACAUUGAUUGACACCAAGGGUAUUGAACAUGGAAGUGGGAUGAACACAGAUGAAAUCUUCAGGAUGUUACAGGGUCACGUGGAAUAUCGGCAUUCUUCUUGGUCUCUUCUGAAAAAAACAGACAAACCAAAAAACGAAAAGAACAAAAUUACAAUGAAAGACAAGAUUCACUGUCUGGUGGCUGUUCUUCCAGCAAACAAAAUAUCCUCCAUGGAAGAUGAUUUGCUGAGAAAAAUGAGAGAAGUCCGUCUGAGAGCAAGCGACAUGGAGAUUCCUCAAGUCAUAAUCAUGACCAAGGUGGAUGAAGCAUGUCCACAUGUUAAAUACAACAUUAGAAAUGUCUACGCAAGCAAAGACGUUAAACUAAAUAUGGAGCGGUGCCAGGCUAGACUUGGAGUUCCUAUGUGCUACAUCUACCCUAUAAAGAACUACCAUGAUGAACGCACCACUAACACAGAACUGGACAUUCUGAUUUUAAAUGCAGUACUUAAUAUUGUAAACUUUGCCAGUGACUAUGUGAAGGACCAUAAAGAAAAGAAAACAAAUGCCACUUCAAAGGAAGACUGA